CUGAACAUCUCAGUCAGUCGCAAGAGUCAGUUGUCCGUAAAUCGUCCGUUUCUCCGCUUUGGUGGUUGGCUUCAGUCCCGACAGUGAUUUCUGCGUUUCCAUUGUCACCCCAGAAAAGACAGUGCAGAGUGCUCGGGGCGUUCGGAUGAUGAUAGUCGCAAAGCGUGCGGGGGACUGCUGCCCGAAGUAAUUGUGAAAACGACUCAGCGACGGCGGCUGAGGUUGUCUCGGAACUUCCAACUGUGCCUGAAACGUCAAAUGGCGGAUCGAUUUGUCCGAAUUGCUGGGUCCGCGGCCGCACCGAUUUCCGAUUAGUUUCAGUAUGACUGCAUCGCUCCCAGAUUACCCAGGACAAAUUAGUUGCUUGGUCGAAAGUGUUAGGAUUCCGGGCAGAGUGUGAGUUGUGCAAACGUCGAGUGAGAAAAAGUUUCAGUCGCGCUUUGUGUCGACCGUCUGGCGGCCCUCCGCAAGGUGGAUUUCGGGGAACCCCUGCUCCCGUGACCUCCACCGCAGAUACUCCAUCCUUGAACGCAAGACUUCCCAGAUUCUAGCCUCGUCUCAAGACUGUUGCUUACCCGAUCGUCUCCAGACCGGACCCUCGCUUGCUCUUCCACACAAAAGAAAGCAAAAACAUUGCCGUCGACACAACAACUUUACCGUCAGCGUUCCCGUUGUGGUUCUGUGUCAAGAAGUGCACCUGGAAAAUCUGAAAUUGUCGUCUCCCAGCUCGGCGGAACCGCCGGAUAGCCCGCUUACGGGAAAGUGCUCGUUGUCUUCUUGGCCGCGGUUUCCAGUGUUCCGUGCUAGCGUGUGAAAAGUGAAAAUUCUGUUCAUCGUCAAGAGAAAAGCCGCGGAGAAAAGUGUUUGUUUGUAUGUUUGCCGUCGCUUGCCAGCGGAAAAAGUGAGUCUUCGUUCGCAUUUUCUCGUUGCGUUUGUCUUUGUCGCGGCCUUGAUUGGCAUCCCAUUGAGACCAGGCGGCGGUCGACGACGACGGCAGCCCGUCACGCUCCAAAGAUUUAAGUGAGUGCAAGGGGAACCCGACCCGGACAGCUGGCGGCCAGAUACAGGGAAUCACCUGAAUGAGUUCCAAAGGGUGACAGACACCCUCGAGCCAGGACUUCAAUUGUUAACGGGAUCCCAAAUUCAGAGAUCUCAUUGCAGAGGAAAGUGUUCCGACAAGGGAUAUUCUGAUUAGGCACUCUUCUUGUCUGCACGUAUCUAAAAUAGACAAUAAUUAAAAAUUUACAAAAUUGUAACGGAAAUAUAUCCGGUGAAUGACAUUACUUGGGCCCAGUGCCCCUGGAAUGGCCUUUAUGAUGAAGAAGAAAAAAUAUAAGUUUAAAGUUGAGGUUCAACUUGAGGAGCUCGUGGAAGUUGCCUUAGUUAAUGAGGUGCUAUUUGCUAAGAUACGAUUAUUGGAUGGCGGAUCGUUUCAGGAUUAUAGUGCUAGAAUCCUAGCAACGAUAACCGCCCAACGAUUCAUAAUAUCAACCUUAACGUUUAAUGCAUCCGCAGGAUCAAAAUAUUUUCUACUGAGUAACAGGAAAGAAGUAGAAAAUCAUGUUGUUAAAUGGAACCAAAAUUUCGAAUUUAUAUGCAAAAUGUCAGCGAAUGCAUCGACUGGCGUUUUGGACCCAUGUGUCCUGCGCAUUUCCAUUCGCAAAGAAGUCAAAGGUGGACGUAGCUAUAAUAAAUUAGGAUUUAUUGAUUUGAAUCUUGCCGAAUUUGCUGGAUCGGGCAAGACAGCAAGACGUUGCCUAUUGGAAGGCUAUGAUCAGCGACAUCGUUUAGAUAAUUCAAUGCUUCUAGUAUCGAUUAAAAUGCAUAUGCUUAGUGGUGAUAUAUUAUUUAAAGCGCCAACAUCUGGUCUAAAAAGCAAACAAAUUCCUAGUGACGAUUCUUUGGAAACGGUACAAGCAUCAAUGCAACCUACUACAAAUGAUGUUCCAACUGCAAUUGUGGCCAAUAAUCGAUCAGCACCUUCGUCUCGUGAUGAUAUAAUAUCACAAUCUCAAACAUCUUCCGGAUUUGGUUCAUUAACGAAAAAGAAAAAUGACGGCUACGAAUUGGAUAUUAAUUCUUUAGUAGCUUCCAGUGUAACCGAUUCUGGUAUGUCAGAAUCAUCUGAACCGAUAACAAUUGCUUCCGAUUCAUUGCAAUCAUAUCCACCGACAUCAUUAACAUCAUUAACAAGUAACGCACAACAAGUGCUUCCAGGCGGUGGAAGUGGUGGAAUAGGCGGAACAGGAGGCAGUGGAGGCGGAGGAGGUGGAGGUGGCAGCAGUGGUAACAUUCUCCCCUCGCAAGUUGGUGGUGUCAUCGAAAUGGGACACUCUAGAAAUUCUAGCAAUACUAGUCAAAUGUCGAAAGGUUCCGGUUAUAGUAGUUUUUCGCACAGUCAACAUUCUAGGCAAAGCUCAGAAGGUGAUUCCGGUCAUGCCAGGUUCCCAAAAUCGUAUUCAAUUCUCAGUAAACUAAAUCAGAGAGCAAUAAACGCAAUUAAACUGCAUAUACCACCCCAUAAACCAAAUAUGGUAAAAUCACCGCAAACUGUCGAUGCUGAUGGCAGUGUCUAUUUAACACCAAACACGACAAUCACGAGUCCAGAUAUAAGUACUGAAGAGUAUCGGACUCCUAUUAGUGGUCCGCCCUCGUCAGAUAUACUUAAAACGCCACACACGGGUGAUGCAGAUGAUUCAGGACUCGAUGAAAAUUUUCAUACGCCACGUAUCUCUAAAAUUCGCUCUAUGGAAAAUCUGUCCCUAAUGGAGCACUUUCAACGUGCCUCACAGGAAUUAAGUAAAUAUUCACCACGGAAAAUGCAUCCUGUAUAUAGAUAUCAUAUGAAUAAGAUAAAGUCGCUGAAUAAUUUGGUAAUGGAGAUUGAAAUUGAAGAGGAGAUUGAAUUGAAAAACGAAUUUGAACGGUUAAGGCGUGAGUCGAUUUUCAGACAGCCUGCAGUGCCAAAAACCAAUGGCAAGUACGUUAAACACAAAAUUGGAAACGCGAAAUUCUUAGGCAACCACGACGAUAGUGGAUCUAAAUCCCCAAACCCAUGGAAUAGUAAUUUUAAUAACAUUCGCUCUUCAAUGGUUUCGAACAACUAUCCAAUUGCGCGUAUGAAGUCACUCGGUGCAAUACCUGGCGAUACAACUGAACGUGUUCGCUAUGAUCCAUUCCUGACGCCUAUAACCAUGCGGAAACAACUCCAAACAGGCACAGAGAUAUUCAUAGAUGAAAUUGAUUCUGCAUCAGCUCCAAUCGCUAUGCCUGAAUCCGAUUCAAGCAUCGAGUCAGAAGAAUAUGAAAUGAUUAACACCAGCCCAACUAGAAGAUAUUCGAAUAGAGACUUCCCAAACAAUGAUCACUUGCUGCGUGGAGCAUUUGAUCGGGGCUUUCGAAGAAGUUAUAUGAAAACGGAAAGCAUUUUGAAUCGGAUAAAUAGCUCAACGCCAAUGAGACAAUCAGAUGGUCUUAUUUAUUUCACAAAAGACAACGGACGACCACGAUCGACAUAUAAUGAAGUUAUGAGAAAUCCAAGUUCCGGAUCGUUAGUAAUAAGCGAAACUGGAUCAUUAGAUCGUAUGAAAACUGCCGCUGAAAAGCGUAAAAAGGGAUUAGAAGAUAACGCCCCAACCGUUUCGCGGCAUGUGGAAGAGACACGUGUUAAUCCAGUCCCGUUGAUUGAUGAAAUUCUGAAAGAUACAAAGUUGGAUCUAUUGGAGGAAUCAGCUGAGACAUCUGGUCUACAGCUAUACAUAGCACGAGACGGAACAGCAUCACUCGGUAGCCAUGAAGUUAAAUCGCGUGUAUCAGCAGGAGCUUUCAAGCAAGUUGUCAUGGAGAACCCUAGAUAGUAUAGCGUCGUCAACAAAUAGGGCCAUUAAAACUUCCUCCUGCACUUCAUAUAAUUGCUGCUACUACGACCACCAUAGCAACAUAAAUCAAAUCAAUUCUUGAAAAAUAUGAAAUGACCGAGUUCAAGUUGUUGUUUUAUCGUUGCUUUUACAAUAAUAGUUGCUACUAUUGAAAUGCUAUGCUGUUCUUUGCAUGCUUUGUGUUAAGACGAAAAACGAAUCAAAUACCAGGCUGCAACGAUUUAGUUAAUUUAGUGGCAUUGCUACAAAUACAUAAUACAAAGUAAUAAAUACGAUAUAGGUAGCGAGUAUGUAAAGAGAACUGGUCGAUAUUACUUGAAGAAAAAGCCAUUUGCUCUACGCAUUUUUCGAAUUGCUUCCAUGUCGCUGCUAUUACUAUACAAUUGCAACUAGUACUAAUAUUAUAAUUACUACUACUACAAAGCUAUUCCUCAAACAUUCAAGGCAAGUUAUCUUAGAAUUAAAAGAAAAUAUGUUGAACCAGAACAUCAAAUUAAUUAAACAAUAUAACCCAAGCCCAUGGGUAAGGUAUGCCCUUCAUGAAAUUUUCGCUAUACCAGAAAUAUAUGAGAUUCGAGAAAGUGAAAUUCACCAUAACCAUUACAAUUACAAAGUAGAUAUUAUAAAGUUUGAUGAAUUGCAAAAAUGCCCAGGAAAAGCAACAAAAAAAUCUAAUUACAAGCGAAAGAAUCGUCUUGAUAAAAUUUAAGUCAAACCCAAUUGAAAAUACAUUUAAAAAGUUGCAAAUCAACAUUAGAUAUUAUCUGUAUUCAAAACAAAAAAAAGUCAAAUAUACAUUAUUGAUUUGAA